AUGUGUUGCUAUUCAUGAGGAGCAAGUGACCUUUGAUCCAAACUGAACGAGAUUGGAUGCAAAGACCCUUUACACACUGAUAGGUGACUUAAGGUGUCAGCUGUGUGACGUUGACAGCUCGGUCCAAUGCGGAUCCGAUUUCAGUCUGCUGAAUUUAGACUCGCCCGAGGCUUGCGAUCAGCAGUAGACUUCGGAUACACCGUGCUUGUCUACUACAUAGGGUACAGAAUGUUAGCCAAACUGUCGCUGUUCAUUGCUCUGGGUAGUGUAUUCUAUACGUUCUUCAACAUGGGGUUGUGGAUGACCCUUGGUGCACUUUUUGCUGUAUAUCUUGCAACAGGUGGAUGGAAAUUCAUGAGAAUUGUGGUCCUAACACUACCCAGAGAUUUGAGGGGAUUGAGGAAUCUUGUGACUGUUCUUCGUUUAACAAAUAAAUAUCAGAAAGGAAAGAUAACGGUCUCUCAGAUCUUCGAUGAGACGGCGGAGAAGUAUCCCAAAAAACCCUGUGUGUUGUUCCACGAUGAAGUCUGGACAUUUGAGGAGAUUCAGAAGUAUUCGAACAAAGUCGCCAACUUUAUCUACAACGCUGGGUACAAGGAAGGAGAUGUUGUCGCGAUAUUCUCAGAGAACUGCCCACAGUAUUUCCCCCUGUGGGUGGGGAUGGGAAAGGUCGGAGUGGUCUCUGCUUUGGUGAAUUUCAAUUUGAGAGAUGUGUCUCUGGCGCACUGUAUUAAGAUUUCCAAAGCAAAGGCGGUGGUAUUUGCUGGAAACCUUGCUCAAGCCCUGAAAGACGUACACCCCAGCCUGCCCAGCGAUGUCACAUACUACUGCCUCGGAACCUCCGAUGUUAACAGUUUUGCCUACAGCAGUUUCGACAAAGAACUGGAGAAAAGCUCCUCCUUCCCUCCACCUCUGGUUGUUCGGGAACCAAAAGACGCUCUGUUCUACGUUUACACGUCCGGCACGACAGGGAUGCCGAAAGCCGCCGUUGUGUCACAUCUCAGGUUUUGCCUGAUGGGUUGGGGCAUCAAGCUGUUCUUCAGCCUGUCGAACAAGGACGUCCUGUACAUUGCUCUGCCUCUGUACCACACGGCGGGCGGGAUCCUUGGGGUCAGCCAGGCCAUCCUAGGGGGCACAACUCUGGCCAUCCGGCCCAAGUUCUCCGCCAGUCAGUUCUGGACGGACUGCGUCAAGUACAAAUGCACUGCCGGCCAAUACAUCGGUGAGAUCUGUCGUUACCUCCUGGCUCAGCCGUUCCGACCGGAGGAGAAGCAACAUUCCGUACGGGUUCUCUACGGCAACGGGAUCAAGCCACAGAUUUGGAAAAGUUUCCAGGACCGUUUCGGGGUUCCCUUGAUUGGAGAGUUCUACGGAGCCACGGAGGGCAACUGCAGUAUAGUAAACUUUGAGAACAAAGUAGGAGCUGUGGGGUUCACAACGAGAAUCGCUCCGAGUCUGUACCCAAUCACCCUUGUCAAGGUGGACCCAGCGACCAACGAGAUCGUCCGCGACAGUAAUGGCAUUUGUGUGAAGGCGGAGCCUGGCGAGCCGGGCGAGAUGGUGGGCAAGAUCAUCAAGGGGAAUCCAACCCGCGACUUUGAUGGCUAUGUGGACGGCAGCGCCACGCAAAAGAAAGUUAUCAGUGACGUAUUCAAGAAGGGAGACAAAGCUUUCUCCACUGGGGAUAUUUUGGUGAUGGAUGACCUUGGUUACAUGUACUUCCGUGACCGGACGGGCGACACGUUCCGUUGGCGAGGGGAGAACGUGAGCACCAAUGAGGUGGAAGCUGUCAUCAGUAACGCUAUACAGCUGAACGAUGCCGUGGUCUACGGUGUGGAGGUGCCGGGAAGUGAAGGUCGUGCAGGAAUGGCGGCCAUCGUGGACGAGAACGACUCUAUUGACGUAGCUCAGCUAGGACAAGCUCUCUCCCGCUCCCUCCCGGCGUACGCUCGGCCGCUUUUCCUACGCUUCCUCAAAGAGGUGGACAGAACAGGUACAUUCAAGCUGAAAAAGACAGUUCUGAGAGACGAGGGCUUCAACAUCACGGCCAUUCAGGACAGGAUGUACUUCCUGAGUCCCAAGUCCCGGCAGUACGAGCCGCUGACCAAGGAGGCAUACUCCGACAUUUUGGAGGGUCGGAUCCGCCUCUAGCAAGCCAGGACCCCGACAGUAGAAUGCUGCUCCGCGCCUUACGUUACCUCCAUUCUUGAACUUGAACUCAUACGUGUCUUUUUUGGGGGGGGGGGUUUCAUCAUUUCUAUUUCUACUGCUUUUUGUUGGACUCUGUCAUAUGUCUUUUUUUCGAAAUGGGGUACGGUGGAGUCUUACACAGAGCAGUUAAUUUUUUUCCAUGACAUUGCAAUGGAAAGAAAUAGAAAGACCUGUUGUACUGUGUACAUUUUUGCAGUAGAAAAUGUUAUCAAUUUGAAGGUCUUAUGAAUUUUUCAUUCAUGGGGGCCAUUUUAAACCAAACUCCACCCUGGGGUUGAAUGUAAUUCAUUGUCCUUUAUUUAUUUAUUUGUGUCCAUCCUUUUUUUUUCUUGUCUGUCUUUUUUCCCUCUUUUAGAAAUAAUGUUUCUGUCUUACACUUACAGUGUAACCAAGGCUGAUAGUCUUUGAACUGAAGUGUUCAAUUAAGAUAAGAUAAGAUAAUCUUUAUUGCCCAGAUCCUGACAUUUUGGUUUAGUGUUUCACAACAUACACUCACACACACAAGCAUGCACACAAUUGUUUUUUUCCUGUUCUUUUACAGUCUGAAUUUAUCAGCUCUGAGAGUCAUUCUAAAAAAAGUUCAAUUUGAAUAAAGAAAAGCAUUACAAUCUGCAACUUGGAAUAGAGUUUUCAUAACACAUCAGAGUGGCACACUGAGUACCAUUUGCGGUUGGCGGGUGCUCAGGUGUGGUUUGCUCCCUCUUUCCUAUUAAACGUCUAUCGUCCUUAUCUCUUUCUUUUUCUCUUUUUUGGGUUUUUUAAAAACUCUCUUGUAACAACUUUAAUCUUCGGCUCUUAUAUGAUGACUUUAUUAUUAUUUUGUAAGUGUUAUAUAACUCUUGCUAAGACUAGUAUAACUAAUACACUAAGACUGUGUACCUGUUCCAGGUUUUGUCAUGUUUCUGUGUAGUAUACCUGUGUGGAAUUUCCCUUGAAAGAUAAUCUGAUUUCUUGUCUUUCUUCGUACUCCUCUAGGCUCUGUUGUCCCUUCAGUGCAGUUGAUGGUCCAGUGCUGUGCAAUAACUCUAUCGUUAUUUAGAGAUGUUUGACGUGGCUUUGUUCAUUUACCGCAGCAAAUAUCCUAAUCUUAUUCACGGUAAUUGUUAAAGAAGUUUUUUUUUGGUUUGUUUUUUCUUUCAUGUUGUGAUCAUGAGAAAAUGGAAGAAUAGACGUUUACUUUAAAUACUUAGUCAAGAAAUGGGUGGUUUGAGGAUGCCACACGUACGUUCUAGCCUACUGCUUCCGUACUCUCCAUAAUGUGUUUAUUUUCUUGUCCGUCUUUCUUUCACACCCCCCCUCCCCCAACAGAGGUACAUUUCAAAUACUCCCUGAUAUGUUAGUCAGAUCUGGUCUAUGGCUGGUUCGAGGGUGAAACUGUUCGGUUCUUACUUCCGUUCUGUUCCUCUGUUGUUUCCACCUGUCAGUGACGGAUAUUUAAACACUACAACACUUUUACAAAGGACUGGCUACUUUGUUUUCCUUUUAUACCUUUCUAGAGAAGUUGUGGACACGGAUAUUCGCACAUAGCAGCAUGUUCGAUGUUUUUGUUUUGCAGUCUUUAGUGACUCAAGCCAAGAUCAUUGAUGCUCUAGUUCAUGGGUGUGUACUUGAUGUAUCGACAUUCACCCUCCUAGCAUCGCUAAUAAAUAGCCUUUGGUGUCAGGGGAAAUUAUAUUAUUUCACUAUGUCAUGUUGGAAAAUGUUUUUAAACAGGAAAACCAAGCAAGUAAAGGGCAUAAACCUAUUUAUUUUCAGAAUGUAGAAUGUGAAUAGGAAAUAGAGCUCAUUUGUUAAGGAAUUGAAAUGUUUAGUGAUAUAAAAAAAAACACCCCAGAAUAAACUAAAUGAAAUAGAGACUCAAAUUACAGCAAAUUAAAUAUGCUGUAAUACCAGAGAACAAAAAUUUACAGUCAAUCAAAUUGGCCAUGACACCACAGAAUGAAACUUACCGCCGAUUUAAUGAGCCGCCGACACGUGGAGGGUUUAGAUUAAUUUGAGUUUGACCUUCCAAGCGACCGAGUUUGACAAGUGUUCUCUCGUUUAUCCACUGACAGUAUUAUGCUAGUACCAAGCUCACUUUCCUCAACAGCAGGACUUCAGCAUUAUUCUUCUCACUGUCAGUAAUGAUAUGAAAAGAGAUUAAAUAGAAAAGAGUUGAACAUGUUGAAGAAGUGCUAAAAAAAUUGCUAUAAGAGUAAUAUUACCUCUACUUCAGUAGAGUAGAAUAACGAUAGAUUUAUUUGUAAUAUGGGUACAUUAUUUUGUUUCAUUGUAUUUUUUUUCUUGAAUAAAGCAACUGAUUAUUUUCUUAUUUGUAAAUACAUUCUUGUCUGUCCCCUUAAUGUAAGAUGCAAAAUUGAAUGAGUAAAAAUGACUACUUUUAAAAAUUUUGAUUCUUUGGCAAUUUGUCGGCUCACCUGAAGGCACGAGCACAGGCAUUCCAACACUCCAGAGACAUGAACUGACAGACAGCUUUGCCACAAACGCACACUUGUGCAGACAUUCACUCUCAUGUUACAUAUAUGCAAAAAUUCAUGCACUCACUAUCACAUUCACACAUACACACACACACACACACACACUCAAGCACACAAAUACACAUUCCCAUGUUCAUACUCUCUCACAUAUGCACACUCUCGUAACUUCUGGAUGAUUUUAUGACUGGAUGGGUUGUUGCUGCCUUCGUGCCUUUGUUUGAUUAAAAACACAACGUGAUCCAAAAUUGGAAAUAGAUUUUUGUAUCAUACCAACCAAAUACUCUGUGAACCAUGAUGUCAAAAAUUGUGCCACUUUUGUGAAAAAAUGUUUCAGUUUGAGAUGUGAUUCGUGAUGAUUUUACCAAGUUCGUAAUGUUGAGUAGAUUAGUUCGAAGAACAUACAGCCAAUUAGAGAGAGCCAUUAAGAAAAGAUGUGGAUAUUUCCAAUAGGUAUCUCAGCUCAGAACCUGUGUUAGGCUCUUGUUCAUUGCAUUAUAAUGAAAUGCGUUCAAGUCCUGAGUGAGGAAGUUAUUUUAUUGAGUAUCAUGAUCUGUCUACCAGAAUGUACCAUAUUGUCUGUGAAUGGUGGAGAGGAAAAAGCAAUGUUUGCUGGAAUGUGAUUAAAGAUUUAGUUUCCAGUUUUGUACCAUACAUGGGUAAUGGAGAUGGAAAAUGAAUGGGAGGGAAGAUUGGAAGUGGAGAAAAGGGUACUUCUUUUGCUGACGUUAACAAUUUGUGCAAGCAGAGUAGAAAAGGGUAUCACUUAUACUGACUUUAACAGUUUGUGUGAAGCAGUGUAGAAAAAGGUAUCUUUGAUAUUGAUGUAACAAUUUGUUUUAAGCUAAAAGGUAAUUCAUUAUUUAUAAUAUAUAUAUGUAUGUCUAUAGCUUCUAUGCAAAACCUUUCUUUUCGUUCUGUGAUCAAUUUGAUUAGGGAAUUUCUAUUCAAAGGAAAGAAAGAGACAGUACCAUAAGAAUCUUUAUUGCUUGUAUCAGUUGUGCUGAUAAUGACAAUUUCUUAUAAAUGUGACAUAUGUCGAAAUAUAUACUUGUAUACUAUAAAUACCAUUGACAUCUAGGGUGUUAAAUAAUAAUAAAUAA